UUGGAAAGAACCGAGGGUUGAAAUAUAUUUGCCAAUAGAAGAAAAAAUUACAGGUGAAUAUUAAGAAAGUGACGCAUUAUAAUGUCCAACAGCAAAUACAUUUGCGCCGUGUAUUUUAUUGUGAUAUUAACAGCCGUUUUUAUCGACGUUUCGUCGAAUUACGUACAAAAUUAUGCCUACUAUAAAGCAAAUAACAAAUCGCACAACCUAAUAAUAGGUAAUAGGCAGUUGUACGAUUGUUUGGUGCAUCAAGAGAAUGUCAUUAAGUCGUCCAAGUGGCUGCAGGUGAUCGAAGUGUAUAAAACCUUUAACAUCAGUCGUCACAGCAGAAUCACACAGAUACGUGCUUUAGACAAAAAGACCAAUGGAAAUGGAGCGAUGGUUAGUAAUGUUACGUAUGGGGUGGGAUACAGCAAUUUAACCUUGAAAUUUAAAAGCCAGAGGAGUCACGGCAUUAAUUUUGUUGUCGAGUUGUACGCAAAGCCAUGCUACUAAAGCUGUAUCGAUAAAAUUAUUUGUCAAUGUCUUGUUAAA